AGCCAAAUGAAAAUCAAAGUGGUGAAUAUAAAAUUGUAAACAAUAUUCCCUUAAUAAAAACACCAGCCGAAUCAAUAUUAGAAAAAAAACCAAUCACCUUUCAAAAAUCUCACUAUAGAUGCUUAUCUUUUUCUCCCAAACUAAUUGAACAACAACAAAAACAAAAACAGUUGCUAUUAAACCAACAAAUAAAUUCAAAAAGAGAUCAAAUUUUUUCACCAAAUAAUGUUAAAUUUGAAUUGCAACCACAGAAAGAUAAACAAAUAAUUUCAAAUCCUCAACACCCAGAUCAAAAAGUUGGUUUUGAAGAUAAAAUUUUAACCCCAAAAAGCAAUUUGCCAACUAUUCAAUCAUAUGAGCCACCAUCAACUGUUAAGCCACCAUUACUUUCAAGAAAAACUUCGGAAACGUUUCAAAGUAAACCAAUAAUAUCAACACAAAUACCCACCCAAACAGCCCAAAUACCAAAACAAGAUAAAAAAGAUAAAAAAGAUUUUCAACUUAGUAAUACUUUAAAUAUUAUUACAAGUCCAGAUUUAAAGAAUGAAAGCCAAACUGAAAUAAUUGAUGAAGAUAAUAUUUUAUCAACUUCAGAUGAAGAAAGCGAAUCCGAUUAUACCGAAAGCGAAACUAGUGAAGGAGAGGAUGAAAAAGGACAAGAAAUUUACUAUACAAGACAUAAUAUCAAAGGUGGUGGAAAUUUUAAAAUCAAUAACAAUACAAAUUUAAUACAUCAAGUUUUAAAACCACAUCCUCCACUGACUCAACAUCUAAGUGCAGACAACAAAUCAUUAGAGCCACCUGUAUUUUUAUUAGACCCAAGACUAAAUGAUUUGAAAACUACUAGUGAUGAAUAUAUUUUAAAAAGACCUUUAGUAAGAUCAAAAAGCUUUAGUCCAAAUAAAGAAGAAGAAAAACCAAAAGCAAAAGAACCUUAUAGAAAAUUAGCAAGAUCUUUUUCAGAAAUACCAUCAGUUAAACUUAUUGAUGAACAUCAAAAAGACAAUGAUCAAUUACAAAUGGCAAUGUGUCGAAUUUGCGAAGAACCUAUUCAUUCAUCUCUAUUAGAAGAUCAUUCUAAAAUAUGUGCCAUGGCUAAUGAAGAAGAUAUGAAGGCUAUGAAUGUUGAAGAUCAUUUAAGAGCUGUAGCGAAAAUUUUGUUAACAAGAUCAUCCGAUUUGGAACCAGAAAAAAGAAAAACCCUCACAGAAUUAAGAGAAAUUGCACUAUUUGCUGUAGAAAAUGGUAUUAAAGAGAAUGUAAAAAUGAUUCAAUUAAUGAACGAUAUUAUUAAAAAUUUGGAUUCAAAAGAUGAAAAUAAAGAAUUAGCAAUUAAAAUUCAAACCUUAAUUUCUGAAAAGGUUAAUGCUUUAAAGCGUGCAGAAGAAGUUAUUAAUAGCUCACCUAGAAUAUUUAGAACCAAUUCACCCAGAAUUCUUAAAUCACCAAGAGAUGACAAUAGUAGUAGCAGUGGUAGUAGCAACAAUGGAAGUUUUUUGAAUGACCCUAAUGAUGAUGACCAAACAAGCAACAGUAGUCAUAUCAUCAGUAAUUUUAACAAAAAUAAUAGCCCAAGACCCUCAUCAAAACUAUUGGACAUCAAAGAUAAAAUUGGUACCAGUAAAUUAGGAGGUAAUUUAUUAAACAAUAAUAGUCCACUCACACUCCUUAACACCCCUCUCAGGGGCAUAGGUAGAUCAAGAUCAGAUUCAGACCCUGUCCAUCAAACUAAUAUUGAUUAUAGACCCAAAGGUAUACCAACCAUAUCAGAUUUUGAAUUUAUCAAACCAAUUACCAAGGGUGGAUAUGGCAAAGUCUUUUUAGCAAAGAAAAUUAGAACUGGAGAUAUAUAUGCUAUAAAGAGAUUAAAGAAGUCAGAUAUGAUUAAAAAGAACCAACUGGACCAUGUUAAAGUUGAAAGAAAUAUUCUGGCUUAUACAAGCAAUCCAUUCGUUGUAAAGAUGUACUAUUCUUUCCAAACCAAAGAUUACUACUAUUUAGUUAUGGAAUAUUUACAAGGUGGUGAUUGUUUUUCUUUACUACAAAGUCUUGGGGCACUUGAUGAAGAUAUGGCCAAAAUGAUUAUUGCUGAAACAGUUUUAGCAUUAGAAUAUCUUCAUGGACAUGGUAUUAUUCAUCGUGAUUUAAAACCAGACAACUUACUAAUUGAUAAGAAUGGCCAUAUUAAACUUACUGACUUCGGUUUAUCUAAAGUUGGUUUAUUAGAAAAACAAAAUGUAGUUCCUCCAUCUUACUUUUCUCCUACACUAAAAGGUGUCAAUCCAAUCCAAAAUCAAAAUCAGUCAAUUAAUAUGGUAAAUAACCAACCAAUUAACCCAGCCCCAAUAAAUAACCCCCCAAUUAAGAAAGAAAGAAAACUUUUAUCACUGGCCCAAUCCAAAUCUCUAUUUUCUGCAUCUUCAAGCCCAGCCAUUCCAUCGCUUAACCUGUUAAAUUAUGAAAAGCAUGUUUCACCUUUAAUGAGUGGUCUAAAUAAGCAACAUUAUAAUAAUAAUAUCAACAAUAACAUUCCAAAUUUUACUCCUAUCUCCACAAAUUCUACAACACCUACCACAAAUAACCAAUUGAAAAACUCAUUAAACAGCUCUCAAUCGUCGACUAAUAGCAAUACAAAUGAUAGCAAUAACUCUAUUACACAACCAGUGCCUCCACCAAAUAUACAUAGAAAACUAAGUUGUGUUGGAACUCCAGAUUAUUUAGCUCCUGAAAUACUUUUGGGUAUUGGUCACGGUGCAUCAGCUGAUUGGUUUUCCCUUGGUGUAAUUUUAUACGAGUUUUUAUGUGGUAUCUCCCCAUUCAAUGGUUCAAGUGUUCAAGAAACAUUCCAAAACAUUCUUCAACGUAAUAUAACUUGGCCAGAAGAUAUGAGUGAAGAUGCAAAAGAUAUUAUAGAUAAACUUUUAGCUUUAGAUCCAAAAUCAAGACUAGGUUACAACGGAGCACAAGAAAUUAAAUCACAUCCAUUCUUUAAAUCUAUAAAUUGGAAAACUAUUUUAACCCAAGAACCAUUUUUCAAGCCAAAUAUUGAAAACCUUCAAGAUACCAGUUACUUUGAACCAAGAAAAGAAUAUCAUGACUUAAAUAUCUCUGAAGAUUUAGCCGAAUCUUGUAAAAACUUUAUGAAUUCAGGUUCAUCAAUUAACAGCAGUGGUGGAAAUAGUAGCGGAAGUGGAUCACCAAACUCCUCUGACAAUUUAGGUUCAUCUUCAAUCAAUGUAAAUGCAAAUUUUGAUGAUUUCCUUUAUGUAAACUUUCAAAGUCUUUUAGAAUUAAAUAAAAACUAUUUAGCAGAAACCAAACCAUUUUUCUCAACCCACAGAAGAAGAAAUUCAACAUAA